AGUGACGAAGAGCUGCGCCUGUGGGAGGGUCUGUACAAGUCUGAAGGAAUUGCCGUCAAUAACACUCCCACAGCCUACCUGCGCUAUUUGGCCCUGCACUCAGUCAGCAGACGCACACUCAAUCCCUUCUACUCAGGCGAACACGGAGUUAUCAUGCGGGACGAGGUGCAAGCCAUCUCAACUGGCAGCCAUGUGGCCAAUGGUACCAUCGCGUCGGGUCUCACCGCCGCUGCUGUUAAUGAACUGUUGGACGAAAAGUACGUGACACAGCUACAGUAUAGUGAACUUAAGCAUUAUAUGGUUUAUGAUAUUCAUU